AUGGCAUCUAUAUUUGUAUGCAAAAAAGUUUUUCCUCUUUAGAAAUUUAGAGGAGAAAGUGAAGCACAAGUUAGACUUAGAUUAUCAAAUAGAAGAGAAUUAAAACGAUAAAACAGAAUUAAAAUGCAAAAUAUUUUCAUUUAUUAUAAUCAUUUACUAGUAUUGCUUUUACGUGCCUUCAAUAUUCUUUAGUCUCCGUUAAAUUAGUAAUCCUGUUUCUAUUCCUAUACUAGCACUAGCUAUAACAAUAAAUUUAAUUACAUCAGACACUGA